CAGUCCUCCUAGGUCGUAGCUGUAACUGGAAUGGAACGCAGCCGCAGCGUGUCUGGUUCCUGUCCUCGUCAUAUAUCGGGGAUCCCUGUGUACUAUACAGCGCUUCCUGUAUGUUUCAGCCAAACAAAGUUACUACACAUACUUUCGGUGGUUUAAAUAGAGCAGAAGAAACGGGGUCACAUUAAUAGGAAGUGAACAAAAAUGCCUGCGGUCUCUAAAGGGGAUGGGAUGCGUGGCCUGGCCGUGUUCAUCUCUGACAUCAGGAACUGUAAAAGUAAAGAGGCAGAGGUUAAGAGGAUAAACAAAGAACUGGCCAAUAUUCGCUCCAAAUUUAAAGGAGACAAGGCUCUAGACGGCUACAGUAAAAAAAAGUAUGUCUGUAAGCUGCUCUUCAUCUUCCUCCUGGGCCAUGAUAUCGACUUUGGACACAUGGAGGCUGUCAACCUGCUCAGCUCCAAUAAAUACACAGAGAAACAGAUUGGUUACCUGUUCAUCUCAGUGCUGGUGAACUCUAACAGCGACCUGAUCCGUCUGAUCAACAAUGGCAUUAAGAAUGACCUCGCCAGCCGCAACCCAACCUUUAUGAACCUGGCUCUGCACUGCAUCGCUAACGUGGGCAGCAGAGAAAUGGCCGAGGCUUUCGCUUCUGAAAUCCCCAGGAUCUUGGUGGCAGGGGACACCAUGGACAGCGUGAAGCAGAGUGCAGCUUUAUGUCUACUACGACUCAACAGGACGUCUCCUGAUUUGGUGCCGAUGGGUGAAUGGACGGCACGAGUGGUCCAUCUGCUUAACGAUCAGCAUCUGGGAGUGGUGACAGCAGCCACCAGCCUCAUUACCACUCUGGCCCAGAAGAGUCCUGAUGACUUCAAAACAUCCAUCUCACUGGCUGUGGCCAGGCUCAGUAGGAUUGUGACCUCUGCGUCCAUCGACCUACAGGACUAUACAUACUACUUUGUCGCUGCACCAUGGUUGUCUGUCAAAUUGCUCCGCCUUCUACAGUGCUACCCUCCACCUGAGGAUGCAGCGCUGCGAAGUCGUCUCACAGAGUGUCUAGAGACCAUCCUCAAUAAAGCCCAGGAGCCGCCCAAGUCCAAGAAGGUCCAGCACUCCAACGCAAAGAACGCCGUUCUGUUUGAAGCCAUUUCCCUCAUCAUCCACCAUGACAGUGAGCCGACCCUGUUGGUACGAGCCUGCAACCAGUUAGGCCAGUUCCUGCAGCACAGAGAAACCAACCUUCGUUAUUUGGCUUUGGAGAGUAUGUGCACACUGGCCAGCUCGGAGUUUUCUCACGAGGCGGUAAAGACGCAUAUAGAAACUGUGAUCAAUGCUCUAAAGACAGAGCGUGAUGUGAGCGUUCGUCAGCGGGCUGUGGAUCUGCUCUACGCCAUGUGUGACAGGAGCAACGCCAAGCAGAUUGUGGCAGAGAUGCUGAGCUACCUGGAGACCGCUGACUACUCAAUCAGAGAGGAGAUAGUGCUCAAGGUGGCUAUCCUGGCAGAAAAAUACGCUGUAGACUACACCUGGUACGUGGAUACCAUCCUCAACCUCAUCCGCAUCGCUGGUGACUAUGUCAGCGAGGAGGUGUGGUAUCGUGUCAUCCAGAUUGUCAUAAACAGAGAUGACGUCCAAGGCUACGCUGCCAAGACUGUCUUUGAGGCGCUACAAGCUCCUGCCUGCCAUGAGAAUUUGGUUAAGGUUGGCGGUUACAUCCUGGGAGAGUUUGGUAACCUAAUUGCCGGAGACUCACGCUCCAGCCCUCUGGUCCAGUUCAACCUUCUUCACUCCAAGUUCCAUCUCUGCUCCGUGCCGACUCGGGCACUGCUGCUGUCGGCCUACAUCAAGUUCAUUAACUUGUUUCCGGAGGUGAAGGCCACGAUCCAGGAAGUCCUGCGGUCAGACAGCCAGCUCCGCAAUGCUGACGUCGAGCUACAGCAGAGAGCCGUCGAGUACUUGAGGCUCAGCUGCAUCGCCAGCACUGACAUACUGGCCACAGUCUUAGAAGAAAUGCCUCCAUUCCCAGAGAGGGAGUCUUCAAUCCUGGCCAAGCUGAAGAGGAAGAAGGGUCCAGGCAACCUGCCCGACAUUGACGAUGCCCGGAGGAAUGUCAACGGCAACACCGAGCACAGCGAGAAAACUGAAACCACAAACAAGUCCUCUUUUUCAUUGGUCGCAGACCUUCUCCCUACCAACAGGCCCCGCCCUGCCUCCUCUAGCCCCAUCAUGCUCUCUGCUGGGACCAUGGGUUCCACACCCUCCUUCACAGACCUCCUGAAUCUAAACUCCACCCCUACAGCAGGAGCCAGUCUGCUGGUUGACGUCUUUUCCGACAGCUCCACCCUUGCAUCUGUAGAAGUGUCUGACGAAAACUUUCCCAGGUUUGUUUGUAAGAACAACGGAGUUAUCUUUGAGAACCAGCUUUUGCAGAUUGGACUGAAGUCUGAGUACAGACAGAACCUGGGUCGUAUGUAUGUGUUCUACGGCAACAAGACGUCCACCCAGUUCCUCAGCUUCUCCUCAUCAGUGACAUGCAAUGAUACGCUCAAGAAUCAGCUGAAUGUCCACGCUAAGUCAGUAGACCCCAUCAUAGAAGGUGGGGCUCAGGUCCAGCAGAUCCUCAACAUUGAAUGUGUGUCAGAUUUCACAGAUGCUCCGGUACUCAACGUCCAAUUCAGAUAUGGUGGGACUCUCCAGAACAUCGCAGUGAAGCUUCCCGUGAUGCUGAACAAGUUUUUUCAGCCCACGGAGAUGACGUCCCAAGACUUCUUCCAACGCUGGAAACAGCUCGGAGCCCCUCAGCAGGAGGUUCAGAAAAUCUUCAAAGCCAAACACCCGAUGGACACAGAAGUCACCAAGGCCAAGAUCUUGGGUUUUGGUGUUGCUCUGCUGGACAGGGUGGAUCCCAACCCUGAAAAUUUUGUUGGAGCUGGAGUCAUUCACAGUAAGAACACUCAGGUGGGCUGCCUCCUCAGACUGGAGCCCAACACACAAGCACAGAUGUACCGUCUCACCCUCCGGACCAGCAGGGACUCCGUGUCUCAGAGACUGUGUGAUCUCCUUUCUGAACAGUUUUAAACACAGCACUAGCAUUUUUACACUUUUACUCUCCUUAGAUUGGAAUUGAUGUAUUGUACUGUGUACAUUCUUUUUUUUUUUUUUUUUUUUUAAUUUUACUUACUGUUCAUGUAAAUGAAGUGAAAUGUAUUUUUCACACACAGCUUUACUAAUACAUCACUGGUUUAAAUCUAGAUUGUACUUAACUCUGUGUGUUUACUCACACUGUGAACACCUGAGCAGGCGUGUUGUGGAUGGUGCUUGAGGCUCUGCAUGCUUCUCUGUUGUGUCCUGCAGCUCAGAAGUUUUUAAUAGUUUUGAAUUUGUGUGUUUUUGCUGCUUGAGGGUACUGCCUUUGAAAAUCUAAGUAGGAUUUUAAGCUUACCAAUGAUCUCAACAAUGAAUUGUUCUGAUAGCGUUUCUAUGAGACAUUUAUUCUUGUACCGUUUCAAACAAAUUGCACAGGACUGAGAAGCUUUCCUUAACGUCUCACCCACUUGCACUUUUGUAAACAAAAAAUAGAUCACAUAGGUAGAUCAGAUGGCGAGAAUCCCAGUUUGGCCGGGGCUUUUCUGUGUGGAGUGACCUCCCGCAGUCCAAAGACAUUAAAGUUAGGUUAAUUAUAAGUUAAUAAGUUGCCCAUAUGUGUGAAUGUGAGUGUGAAUGGUUGUUUGAAUGAUUAGCAGUAUAGAUAAUCGAUGGAUGGAAAUAUAUCAGAUUUAGACAGUUUUGACCAGUUUGCACUCAUUUCACCAAUUUUACACAUCUGUCAUCUCAAGAAGAAAAGCAAAAUAAUAGAUUUUGGAUGCUAUAAUUUUGGUUUCGUUGUGGAAUUUUUGAACUACACUGUGCAUAAACUUUACACUCAGAAUUCAGACACUGAAAUAAAAGGCAACAAGUCUGAUUGAAUUCACUGUCUGACGUUGUUUUCCAGAAUAUCUACUUCACAUUUGUGCCUUUCAGAACAAAAAAAAAGCCUUCACAUAGAUUAGAGUAAUAUUUUAAAGCACUGCCAGAAACACUAUUUACACUAUUUUUGCCUACAUAUUCACAGAGCACUGCCAAACUGGUAAUAUAUCUGUAUUUCAGUAACAUAUGGUGUACUUUCUGUUUUAUAAAAUGUACUUUUAUCAUAAUACUUGAUGCUUAGCAUAAAGACUGGCUCUGUCCAAAGGUGAAAACAAAACAAAAAAUCCUCCAGUUACCAUGAUUUGAAAUGGUGUAUAUCGAGGGGUGACAUUUCAUAUUUGAUUUACAAUUACAGCCGUAAAUGACCACUUGACAAAAGCACUGGUGUUCUCUCUAGCCUGUUUUGGGUACAGCACCAUGGAAAAGUCCUUGGCACUGUAUCCAUUGCACUCAGUGCUUACUAUCAGUUGCCAUCUUAACUUAAGACUCUGUCACAGUGCUGUUGUUUUUUGUGCCUUCUAACAAGUAUUAGGUCCUCUGUGCCAGACACAGGAUUAUGCUGCAUUUGAAAAAAAGAAGAAAAGGCUGGAAAUGUUAUUGCUAUUUAAUGUGUAUGAAAUGUUGUUUCAUUAUCCACAUCCAAAAAUUGUUUUUACAAAUAAAAACAAAUUAAAACAUA